UCAUGCUGCUGCCAGGUCCAGAGUCUCUCAUGGGUCCCUGUACGGCCUCCCAUUGCUGCUGUCUCCAUCGCCACACUCUGCCAUGUGCCACUUUCAGGUCUCCUCACACUGCUGGUGUGUUCCAUUUUUUGUCAUAGGGUGCUGGCAGAUUACGGGCCUCCCAUAGCUGCUGCCAGGCCCCUAAUCUGCCAUGGGCCCCUAUACCGCCUCCUCAUGCUGCUGCCAAGUCCAGAGUCUGUCAUGGGUCCCUGUACGGCCUCCCAUUGCUGCUGUCUCCAUCGCCACACUCUGCCAUGUGCCACUUUCAGGUCUCCUCACACUGCUGGUGUGUUGAAUUUUUUG